UUAUCAUGAAACCUCACAAUUUAAUGGUCUCGGGGGCUAUGCGGACAAUGUAAAUAUUGAGGUUUAAUUUAGUAAAUAAAAUAAAGUAAAGGACCUUUUUGCAAACUUUCGUUAAAAAUAAUUACUUUUUUUUUGUUUUCCCUCGUUCACGUGGGUCUUCCCCUCGAGUCGUCUUCCCUUUUGCUACCUUCUCCUCACUUUCCCAUUUCUCCCUUUUCUGGUCUCUCUCUCUGCAAUUAUCAGACCGCAAGCUCAUCUCACUCAGCUUCGAGCUUCGAUCAUGGCGUCACCCAUCGAAGACGUUGAAUCUGUAGGAGGAGAAAGAGAUUUAGAGAAGGGAACGAUGAAUUCACGGUCGAAUCAGAACCAAAACCCUAUUAUGGAUCCAUCACCUACGCCUUCCCCAUCGGCCACUGCAACUGCCCCGGCAUUGGUCUUGUCCAAUUCAGGCAAGAGAAUGGACCAGGCAGGGAGAAAGAAGUACGUGAAACAAGUCACCGGUCGCCACAACGAUACCGAGCUCCACUUGGCAGCUCAACGAGGGGAUCUGGCCGCGGUCCAGCAGAUUCUGACGGACAUCAACUCGCAGAUGGAAGGGACUUUGAGCGGGGAGGAUUUUGAUGCUGAGGUGGCCGAGAUCCGGGCAGCGAUCGUGAACGAGGUGAAUGAGUUGGGAGAGACUGCCCUUUUCGCGGCCGCAGACAAAGGGGAUCUCGAUAUCGUUAAGGAGUUGUUGAAGUAUUCGAACAGGGAGAGCAUUUCGAAGAAGAACCGUUCUGGAUUCGAUCCUUUGCAUAUAGCUGCCAUUAAAGGGCAUCAUGCUAUUGUUCAGGUCCUGUUAGAUCAUGAUCCGACACUUAGCCACACGUUCGGGCCCUCAAAUGCGACUCCUCUCGUAUCCGCAGCAAUGAGAGGCCAUACAGCCGUUGUCAACGAACUCUUAUCGAAAGCUGGGAAUUUGCUCGAGAUUUCUCGGUCUAACGGUAAAAACGCCUUGCAUUUUGCGGCGAGGCAAGGGCAUGUGGAGGUCGUAAAAGCCCUUCUCGCCAAGGAUCCACAGUUGGCACGGAGGAUUGACAAGAAAGGACAGACCGCCCUUCAUAUGGCGGUAAAAGGACAGAGUGCCGAAGUGGUGAAACUGCUUCUCGAGGCCGAUCCCGCCAUCGUUAUGCUUCCCGACAAGUCUUGUAACACCGCAUUGCAUGUCGCUACGAGGAAAAAGCGAGCAGAGAUUGUAGAACUGUUGUUGUCAUUGCCCGAUACCAACGCGAACGCCCUAACCCGGGAUCGGAAAACCGCGCUGGACAUAGCGGAGGGGCUUCCGCUUUCGGAAGAAUCAUCGUACAUAAAAGAAUGCCUGGUUAGCCGCGGGGCCCUCCGGGCGAACGAGCUGAAUCAACCGAAAGACGAGCUGAGAAGCACGGUGAGCCAGAUCAAGAACGACGUCCACAUCCAGCUGGAGCAGACGAAGAGGACGAACAAAAACGUACACAACAUCUCGAAGGAGCUGAGGAAACUCCACAGGGAAGGCAUCAACAACGCGACGAACUCGGUCACGGUCGUGGCCGUGCUCUUCGCCACGGUGGCAUUCGCGGCCAUUUUCACGGUCCCGGGAGGAGACAACAACGACGGGAGGGCGGUGGUGGUGAGCCGGACAUCGUUCAAGAUCUUCUUCAUCUUCAACGCGAUCGCGCUUUUCACGUCUCUCGCGGUCGUCGUGGUCCAGAUCACGCUGGUGAGAGGAGAGACGAAGGCGGAGAGGAGGGUGGUGGAGGUGAUAAACAAGCUGAUGUGGCUGGCGUCGAUGUGCACGUCGGUGGCGUUUCUGGCGUCGUCGUACAUAGUGGUGGGGAGGAGGCACAGGUGGGCGGCGGAGCUGGUGACGGUGGUGGGGGGAGUGAUAAUGGCGGGGGUCCUGGGGACGAUGACCUACUACGUGGUGAAGUCGAAGAGGACGAGGUCGAUGAGGAAGAGAGUGAAGAGCGCCAGGAGGAGCAGCUCCAAUUCUUUUCACCAUUCCGAUUUCUCCAACUCGGAGGUCGACCCCAUUUUCGCACUCUGACCAAUUGCCUUUUCACUCUUCCUUCCCUCCUGUACAUACAUCUCUCUCUAUCUAUAUAUAUAUAUAUAUAUAUGGCGACAGAGACGAGAAUGUGUACGGUCAUCUUCAUUGGAAUUACAAGGAUGAUGAUGACUCCUUUCUUUCUCUU